AUGUCUGCUCUCCGAACAUCCUCCCGUCUCGUCCUGAGCACCACCUCCCUAGCUCGCUCCCAAGCAAUUCGAAAUGUCUCAUCAACCCCAUCUGCAAACGCACAGGCCGCCGUAGCUGAGAAGCCCGUCACCGCAAAGAAAUCUGCCUUUGCCAAAUUCAACUGGGAAGACCCAUUCGAUACCGAAUCGCAAUUCACGGAAGAAGAAAAAAUGAUUCGUGAUACUGCUGGCGAUUACGCACAGUCAGACCUCAUGCCCAGAAUCGUACAGGCUAAUCGUCAUGAGUCUGGUCAUGAAGCCUUCAAGACUGAAAUCUUCCCAGCAUUGGGCAAAUUGGGCUUAUUGGGUCCUCAAUUGAAGGGAUAUGGUUGUGCUGGUGUAUCGAGUGUCGCUUAUGGUCUGAUUAACAGAGAAAUGGAAAAGGUUGAUGCUUCAUACCGAUCCAUGAUGUCUGUACAAUCAUCACUUUCUAUGCCUGCCAUCUACAUGUGGGGUACCGAAGAACAAAAGAACAAAUUCCUCCCUGGCAUGGCCAAAGGUGAAAUAAUCGGCGCAUUCGGCCUCACCGAACCAAACCACGGUUCAGACCCAGGCGCAAUGGAAACCUAUGCCAAAAAAGUCCCUGGUGGGGGCUACCAGCUCUUUGGAUCCAAGACAUGGAUUACCCACGCUCCACUAGCAGACGUGCUUGUAUGCUGGGCGAAAUCACAAUGGGAUGGCAAAAUCCGUGGGUUUUUGAUUGAGGGAAACCAACGUGGAAAAGGAUUCGAUACGCCCAAGAUCCAGGGCAAGUUUGCGUUGAGAGCGUCGCCUACGGGUAUGAUGAUGAUGGACGGCGUUCACGUCCCCGAAAACAUGGUCCUUCAAGUCGAAGGCCUCAAAGGCCCCUUCUCAUGUCUCAACAAUGCCCGUAUGGGUAUCUCAUGGGGCUGUCUCGGAUCCGCCGAAUUCUGCUUCCGUCACGCCCGUGAAUACACACUAAACCGCACACAGUUCGGACAGCCUUUGGCACGAUACCAGUUGAUUCAAAAGAAGUUGUCGGAUUGUUUACAAGAGAUCAAUAUUGCAUUACAAGCUACCAUCCGUGUCGCAAGACUGAAGGACGAGGGACGUCUCGCACCUGAGAUGCUGUCGAUUAUAAAGAGAAACAAUACGCAAAAGUCGUUGGAUAUUGCGAGAGUGUGUCGGGAUAUGCUUGGAGGCAACGGUGUUGUUGACGAAUACCACAUCAUCCGUCACGUCAUGAACUUGGAGGCCGUUAAUACGUAUGAGGGAACUCAAGACGUUCACGCACUUGUCCUCGGUCGUCAAAUCACUGGUCUCAGUGCCUUUGAAGCCAAGUAA